GAGUUUUUUCAUGGUGUCGCUUUUUCACUGAUCAACGAAAAUGUUUAAAUGUCUAGUGACAUUGAACAUCUGUCAAGGCACGUUAAGGAUGUGUCACUGGGGUACUUACUAUCGAAAAAGUAUGGCAUCAUAACCAAUUUGAAUCUUGAAAAUGUCACGACACUACUCGGCAUUCCAAUAUGAGGCAGCUUACAAACCAACGUCUCUCAGAAACUGGGAAGUUCCAAAGUUUUAUUGUGACAAAGCUUUUCAGAGAUUUGGCCAAACCAGAAUUAUUGCGAAUUCAAGAGGACAUCUUCUGCCUGGAGUAACCCGACCACAAGGAAAUCCAUGGGGAUCAUUUAUUGGUACAUGGGACAUGCCGAAAUACAUCAACAGAAAAAUGGCAGACUCGUUAAAUGGAACCGAGGCGGCCAAGGAAAUUAAAAAAUGUAGGAGAAAUCGAGUACAUCAGGAAAAACAUAGUCUUGAUCCUAGGAAAAAUUUAAACAAAUUGAUACCCAUCGAUGAUAGUGAUAAUCCACCGCAAAAUAUAACAGUUCCUAAUGUUUCGGAAGAAGACUCUAAAAUUAUCCCCGAAAAGGAUAUUAUUGCUAAAGAAAAAGUACACGCAGAAGGUCAACCGUUUCCUCAGAAGAGGAUUUUGUGCCCCAUACACGAUUUGUAUGAUUCUGGUAAAUAUAAAUAAAAUGGUAUGCAGUACGA